ACAUAUUUUUCAUCUCUGUUGAAUAUAGAUAUCAGCCGAAAUUACUCACGAACAGGUUGAAUCCUCCAAAAAAAUACGUGAAAAAUGUCAAUCGGACCCUGCCACUAAAAUCGAUGAAGCUAGCUUCGACAAAAUGAGACGUGGUGAACAAGUCAAUGAUCCCAAUUUGGGAAAACACACACUAUGUAUGAACGUAGGAAGUGGAGUUCAGAGCCAAAAUGGAGACAUUAACUUAGAUAAACUCAAAGAAAUGGUUGAGAAAGGCAGAAAUAACAAGGACAAAGUGGACGAAAUUAUGAGUAAAUGUGGCACAAGAACUUCCACAAAUGCCGAAGAAGCUGCGAUAGGUUUAUCAGAUUGUCUAAAGAAAUUCAGACCUGCACCACCACCAGGUGAACAUCGUGGCCGUCAACAUUAAUAAUUUUGUAUUUUGAAUUUAUUCAAAUAUAUAAGUUUUCUGAA